AAGCUCCCUCACGCAAUCUGUCCCUUCAACCAGCUUCCCUCCUCUUCUCUCGACACCUUUUCGACAGCUUCGCCUUCACUCACAAACCACGACCACCAAACACCACGUUUACUUUCUUUACAACAAGUAUAUAACGAACGCGUUUUCGUCGCCGGACAGACCCAAAACACUCGAACGAACACUCAUAGGGUCGCAUCGAGCAUCAUCACUCUCCCAACGCCUCCCGCCGACUUCUCCCCUUCACAAAACCACACACACAUACACACACAUACAUUCGCAAUGGCGCAAACACCCCAACAGAGACGCGCAAACGCAAAGUUCGCCAAGGACAACGAGUCCCGUAUGGGCAAGUCCGAGGACCAGAUCAAGAAGCGCACCAAGGAGGCGCCCAAGUCGCCCAUCUCCCCCAUCUGGCUUGGCCUGCUCGCCUUCGUCGUUUUCGGCGGGAUUGUCUUCGAGGUCCUCUCUCGCAUGUUCGGUUUCUAAAUUGGCCUGGUUCUGCACCGGCGUUGGUCACAUAAAGCUGUUUUGAAUGAGCAAGGGAAGUCAGAGAAUGAGAGCAAAAUCCAUCUCCAGCGAGGAGCCUCCUGCCCUUACCCAGAAGCAGCCAGACUUCCCACUCAUGUUGGUGCACAGCGACUGGGAGGGAAGGAUCUUGCGGACAAACAAGACGCAAAAAACCUACUCCGCCUCGAGGGGAGGAAGGGGGGAUUCUUCCAAGCACUUGAAUCUCGGCGGCCAAUAACACAGAUUUCGGCCUCCCGAAACUGGCUGGGCUCAGAGACAAGUCUGUACAAAACAAUACCACGCGCGUCUCUGGUUUCCGCGAAAGCAAAAGAAAAGAAUAUUCCCAUUUGUCGGCGUACUGUAUUUCGAUUUCCCUCUCUCAUCACAAUUGCCUUGGUUGACGGGCAAGGGCUGAAAAGGCAUUUCAAGUUUUUUAUCUUAUUUAUUUUUCAUAUUC